AGAGAAAUGUUCGUCCUGAACAUUACCUCACAGUUGUGAAAUUUCUCAAACUUGUACUCUACAAGUGAUGGCAUUUUCCAAGUGUUUCACGUAAAUUUACUCCUUCAAAGAUAUGUGCACUAUCGAGCUUAGAAUAUAAUCAAAGACUAGGAUGGUUGAGAUAGGUUGUAGUGAAGAAUUCAUCUCAUUGUUUUCUUAAUUAAAUUCUGAUAUCGUUCGACGCAAUCUAUACGUACACCGUUUAAUUAAUUUGCAUCUCUUUUGAAGCUUAUCUCUUCAAUAGUCUGCGAGUGAUGUCCAACAAUACAACAUUGGCCACAGAGGAGCUCCUUAUGGAGCCAUGGGCAUACAAUUUAGCUGCAGUUGUACUGGCCCUUAUUGGGAUUUGUGGCUUUACAUUUAACCUCUCAGUGAUUUUAAUGAUGUUCAAAGAUUGGCAACUUUGGACACCAAUGAACAUAAUUCUAUUUAAUCUGAUUUGUUCAGAUUUCUCAGUGUCAAUUCUUGGAAAUCCCUUCACGUUUGCCUCAGCCGUAAGCUGAGGAUGGAUUUUUGGACCGAACAUCUGUACCUAUUAUGGCUUCAUUAUGGCUUUUCUUGGUAUAGGCUCAAUCACGACCCUCACGGUUUUAUCCUAUGAGAGAUGCUGCCUCGUUAGUUGCCCUUUCACAACCAGUCAACUCACAAAGAGACAUGCAAUCGCAUCCGUAGCCUUCAUCUGGAGCUACUCCUUCAUGCUCACGUCUCCACCACUCUUCGGUUGGGGACAAUAUGUCAGUGAAGCCGCCAAUAUAAGUUGUUCAGUGAAUUGGGAGUCGCAGACGCCAAAUGCAACAAGCUACAUCAUUUUCCUCUUCGUAAUGGGUCUGAUUUUCCCCGUAAUUGUUAUAUCCUACAGCUAUAUUAAAAUUAUCCGCACUGCAAGGCAGAAAUCAGUGAAGCUGAGGAAGACAAACCGUUCAGAACGUCUUACAUGGAUGGUAGCUGUAAUGAUUAUAGCCUUCAUGAUUGCCUGGACACCGUACUCUAUAUUUGCCCUGAUUGAGCAAUUCGCUUCUCCAGAUAUCAUCAGUCCAGGACUGGCUGUUCUUCCUGCUCUUAUUGCUAAAUCCAGCAUUUGCUAUAAUCCCAUUAUCUACGUUGGGAUGAACACGCAAUAUCGUUCAUCAUGGAGAAAACUCUUUGGGAAAAGUACAGAGAGAUGUAUGGCUGAGAGCACAAUUAAUCCAACCGGAAGUACCAGCAAUCAUUCAAUGUACUGCCAAAUAGAUUUCAAGAAGAAAUCACACAGAAUCAACAAUUUUUUUGGCAAAUCGAGAAAAGUAGAGGAAGCACUGGAAUUUCAGGAUCAAAGUAUAUACGAAAUGUCUGUUAUGGUACCAACGGAUCGAAGUAUGAUUAAUUCCAUUGACGAUAGAACAAAUAAUUGCUAAUUUAUUGAGGUGUAAAUGUAAAACAACAAAGACCGUCAAUUUUCCACUCUUUCAACUGGCUCAAAAUGAUAUUGUACAAAAUUACCAUAGAAAAUUGUGAGAGGUAAUUAAUCGGUUUCACCGUGCUUAAUUGAAAUGCUUUUAACAUUUCUUUUAGUGUACCUAUUGUUAGCUGUUGGAAGUUUUAUUUUUUUAGACCUAACAAUAAAAGGUGGUUUUAUUAAAAAUCUGCAGAAAAAAUAUUAACGAGAUGCUCCAUUAAAAAUUUUACUCAUCUAAUUUGCAAAUAAUACUGUUGAGAAAAUUGUACCCCUGCAAAUCAAUCUUUUCGUGCUUCUAUCUUUUCCUGAUGUACAAUUUCCUCAGUCCAUUCAUUACAAAAGUGAAAAUUCAAUAAAACCUAAUAAAAAAGUCUAAAACAGUUAGUUUAUGAAUAAAUAUUAUAUAAACUAAUUCGCAAAUGAUUUUCAUGGUGAAAUAAAUUAUUUUAAUU